AUGAAUGAUGAUGAAUUUUGCGACGAAACUACAUCGUAUAAAGAUGAAUUUAUUCAAUGGUUAACUGAUCGUUUACCAUCAACAGGUAAACUCAACAACAUUGAUGUUCUUUAUUCGCUAUUUGGAAUUCAUAAUAAACGACUUAAUACUUUAAUACAAGAUGAUGUGUUUAAUAAUACUCUUAAUUUUGUAAAUGUAUUAAUUACAGACAAAAUGCUUGAUCGAUUUUGUACUUCAAUAUUACCUCAAAAACAUCAUUGUAUAAAAAAACUCAUUCUUGAAACAACAUCAAUGGAACGUAUUCUUCUUGCUGGUGAUUAUCCAAAUUUGACUUCUUUGGAACUGUUUGGUUUUGAAGAAGAAAUAGUUUUUCGUUAUUUUACAGGAAACAUCUCGAAUCGAUUUCCAAAUAUGAUAUUUGACACUGUAACUCAUUUGUAUGCUUAUGAUACAAUUCCAAUGGAACAUGAAUUCUUCAUGCAAAUUAGUCGAAAUUUUCCAAAACUUAAAUGUUUUUCUAUGGAAAAUGAUAACAGUCAGACACGGAAUUGUGAUCAAUGGAACUCUUAUCCAAUUAUUGAAUAUUCUCAUCUAAUAUCACUUGAUAUUAUGAAUGUAAAUACUGAUUAUGUUGAACAAUUUCUACUACAAACAAAGACACAUUUACCUUGUCUAACUGAAUUAAAAGUCAAUUAUAAUCAAUUAGCAACUGUAACAAUGAAUUUUACACGAGAUGAAACACGACAUAAUUGUUCUAAAGUAAAACGAUUAAUACUCAAAGAGUCAAAAGUUUUUUCAAAAGACUAUUAUCGAUAUUUUUCUUCAUUGUAA